AUCAUAGCCCAUUAAUGAGUUUUGGAGCCAGCUUUGUCAGUUUUUUGAAUGCCAUGAUGACAUUUGAGGAAGAAAAAAUGCAGUUGGCGUGUGAUGACUUAAAAACUACAGAAAAGCUGUGUGAAAGUGAAGAGGCUGGAGUGAUUGAAACAAUCAAGAAUAAAAUUAAGAAGAAUGUUGAUGUCCGAAAAUCCACCCCCUCUAUGGUUGAUCGGCUUCAAAGGCAGAUAAUCAUAGCUGACUGUCAAGUUUACCUGGCUGUGCUUUCGUUUGUAAAACAAGAAUUGUCAGCAUAUAUAAAAGGUGGGUGGAUCCUUAGAAAAGCCUGGAAGAUUUACAAUAAAUGCUAUCUGGACAUCAGUGCCCUUCAGGAGCUGUAUCAGAAGAAGCUAACUGAAGAGCCCUUGACUUCUGACGCUGCAAAUGAUAAUCACAUUGUGGCUGAAGGGGUGUCUGAGGAGUCUCUAAACAGACUGAAAGGUGCUGUUAGCUUUGGAUAUGGCCUUUUUCACCUUUGCAUAUCCAUGGUGCCCCCAAACCUGCUCAAAAUCAUCAACCUGCUGGGUUUUCCUGGAGACCGCCUACAGGGGCUUUCUUCACUGAUGUAUGCAAGCGAAAGUAAAGACAUGAAGGCCCCUUUAGCUACAUUAGCUCUGCUCUGGUAUCACACUGUGGUCCGCCCAUUUUUUGCCUUGGACGGCAGCGAUAAUAAAGCAGGCCUGGACGAAGCAAAGGAAAUUCUUCUCAAAAAAGAAGCUGCUUAUCCAAAUUCUUCCCUCUUUAUGUUUUUUAAAGGACGGAUACAACGAUUAGAGGUACUGUGCCUUUUUCAUCUUUUUAAAAUAAAGCCUCUGAUGAUCAAAUCUCUGGUUCUCAUUUGGGGACUAGUGCCCAGACACCAGCAUUUCAUUGAUCUUCCCAAGUACGUGUGUAGGAAGGUAUCAGAUGAUGCGUCCUUCAUGUGCAAACGAGGAAUUCUGUCCAAGGAGGCUGUGACAUGGCUCUUAUCAAAGGCUUUUU